AGCGGGUUUGCCGCCGCGCUCGUCUUCCGCGUUCAAGCUCCCCCGGGAGGAAGGCGACGCUCUCGGGCUAGCGGAGAAGAGGGGCGCGCCCCAUCCCUCCUGUGCGACCUCAGCGAGAGCGGGCGGCGCGGCUGCAGUGCGAUCGCCAGGGCACCAUGGUUUGUGGCGGCUUCUCCUGCUCCAAGAACUGGCUCUGCGCCCUCAACCUGCUCUAUACGCUGGUGAGCCUGUUGCUGAUUGGAAUUGCAGCAUGGGGCAUCGGGUUUGGCCUCAUCUCCAGUUUCCAGGUCGUUGGAGUAGCCAUUGCAGUUGGGAUAUUUCUGUUCCUGAUUGCGUUGGUGGGAUUGAUCGGUGCCAUCAAACACCACCAGGUGUUGCUUUUCUUUUAUAUGAUUAUCCUGUUGUUAGUGUUUGUUAUACAGUUUUCGGUCUCAUGUGCCUGCCUGACAUUGAACAAGGAACAGCAGAGCAAGCUUCUAGAAGUUGGCUGGAAUAGCACAAACAAUACAAAGCAGGAUAUUGAGCGGAAUCUGGACUGCUGUGGAUUCCACAAUGUCAGUGAAGAGGCCACCUGCGCUGCUGACUGCUUUAAAUCACAAUCAUGCCACCCCUGUGCACCAGUAAUAGAAGAGUUCUCUGGGAUGGUGUUGAGAUUCGUGGGUGGCAUUGGACUCUUCUUUAGCUUCACAGAGAUCUUGGGCGUGUGGCUCACUUACAGAUACAGGAAUCAAAAGGAUCCACGUGCAAAUCCUAGUGCAUUUCUUUGACAUGGAAAUCUUCUCAAGGGACUGAAUAUCCACUCUUGCAUUUUUAAAAACGAAUUCCCCACUGAUUGGCUGCUCUCCAUCUUAAUUAGGGGUUGCACAGCUGAGAUAAGAUGACACUCCUAGAACUGCCGUGUGUCUUGCUUUCUGUUUUUGGUCCCCCCACCCCCCCGUCCCGGGAUCAACUGGUUUGGAAUGCGUUAUUCAAUGGUGUAACUAAACUGGAUAUGACUACCUUAGGAGUUCAGGAGAACCACUGUAAUUUUAUAGUAUCAUUGCAAUCUAAUGAAACUUCUUUUGAUUUAAAGGGGAAAUGAUAUUUCUGCUAGAUUUCAUCUGCCAGAAAUUUGUUCAUUCCUGUUUUCCCUCUCUCCUCAUUCUUGAAUGAAUAAUUUUGUUGGUUUGAAUCAUGCCUAAUGCUGCAUAUUUCCACUGAAAACUACUGUACAGUAUUGUGUUGCUGCUUUCCAUGUUGGUAUUAGCUUGGGUAAAAAAAGAACCGAAAAAUCAUUUGAGAGACAGAAACUUAUUUUUCUGCCUCUUGCUCUGUUUCUCCUUCCCACUCCCAUUCCAGUUUCUGUAAACAUUAGUAUGUGAAAACCGAAGCGUUUAUGCUACUUAGUGUUGUCCAUCUAUUUCAGAAUUGCCAUGUAAAUGACAUGAUUCCAUUUCAGAACCCUAUUGGCAUUUUGGUGAGAGUUCUUGUACGCCACGGGUUGGGUUGGGUUGGGUUGGCUGGUUGUCAUUCAGAAUCAUUGCAUCUUGAUGUAGAUCUGCCCUUGAUUUUAGAUUUUAUGGACGACAGUAACGUGAGGAUAAAGGAGGUAUGCAUUUUCAGUGCAUAGCUGAAAACUUCUAUUUGAAUGAACUGUGUAAAGUGGCAUAAGAGUUUGUGCUUAGUUAGCUUGUCAGAAUAAGAGACAGGUCCUGAUGACUGGACAUUUUGUAAAUGUUGCAUUUGUGAUAGAUUGAUUUAAGUUAAUGUAGUAAGCAACCUGUGAUACUCAUGUCAGUCUUUAGACUUUGCAAAUUGCAUUCAUUAAUUGAUGUUGAGGGUAUUUGAUCAUAAAUGUGAACUGGAAAAUUGUAAAUUCUUUGUAGUGCUUCAGUAGUUUAUUUAACAAAUAAAACUUCGGAUGAAGUAUGUUUAAAA